GCGCCAUUUUACUGCGUCCACAGCCAUCCGGCAAGAUGGUCACCUGGCUUUGUCUGCCCUGACCGGAGUUGUUUCGGUAUUCACGGGCUUUUCUCGCCAUCAUACCGCCGAUAUCGCAAAUUCGAUCGAACUGUUUCCUUAACAAAACAACAAAGACUAAACGCGCCUCUGGUCCUCAAGCAAUGACGGCGGCGAUCGGCAGGUAAUAUGAGUCUGGCAUCUUCUGAUUCAAACCUUAAUCAAAUGGCAGAAAAAGCAGAGGAGCCUGGUAGCUCAACAGAAAACAUGAAGCCAUCCUCUUCUCGCAGCAGGAGGAAGCCAACUACUGUAGCGAAGCACACUGGACCUAAUGAAUCCGACACCUCAGCUGAAAGCGAAAAUGAAGGUGAAAGCUCUGACAAUCCUUCAGACAAUAACACGUCUAAAGGCACUCUAGUGAUGAGGCCAGCUGGCAAUGAAAAUAAAGGUGCCAUGAAGCUCAGAGUGGAUUUUAAACCUAAAAAUACUGAUGAUGCCCUGCAGAAGAAGGUUAACUGCACUGCAUGUGGAAAACAAGUAAACCAGUUCCAGCGCAACUCUGUGUAUGAGCAUCCUGCACUCAAAGUCCUUAUUUGCAAGUCAUGCUACAAGUAUUACACAAGUGAUGACAUCAGCAAAGACUCUGAUGGGAUGGAUGAACAGUGCAGGUGGUGUGCUGAAGGAGGAAAACUCAUCUGCUGUGAUUACUGCAACAAUGCUUUUUGCAAGAAGUGCAUUUUGCGCAACCUGGGCAGGAAGGAGCUGUCGGUCAUUACUGAUGAGAACUCAAAAUGGCACUGCUAUGUCUGUAGGUCGGAUCCCCUUCAGGAUCUGGCCUCUAAAUGUCACCUUAUUAUGGAAGAACAGAAAGUUGUGCAACACAAGCCAAGGAAAUCGGAUAAAACAGAGGAACGCGAAAGCAAGAGACACAAGAAUAAAUCAGGUAAUGAGCACAAAGUGGUUGUCAAUGGAAAAGAACACACAGAAGCCACAGGGACUAUGUCGUUUACCUACAAAAAACUGCAGGUACCCAAAGAACUGAUAAAGAAAACAAAAAAACUUGUUGAAACUACAACUGGUCUCAACAAUACAUUCAUCCAGUUCAUUCAGCAGUCGGCUGUGGAUCAGGGAGAUAAAUCCAUCAGGUUUCGGCAUUUGAAAGCAUUCCAGGCCGUACUUGCUGAUUUGAAGAAGGCCCACACUGCUUUGGAGGAGGCUUUGGAGCCUGAGUUCAGAAGCAUGGAGUUCCAAAAUGGGAACGAAGGGCAACGUGCAGUGAAAAAGACUACUAGUCCUGUGGCCAUUGUAAAAAAUGACCACAUGAAUACUGCGGUGGUGGCUGCUGUUGAUGCUGACACACCUGAGGAACUAGACCAGAACAUGGAUGCGGGUCCAGACCAAAGGGUGGCUGAAGAUCCAGAUCAGGAGAUGGCUGAGGAUCCGGAUCAGGAGGUGACUGAGGAUCCGGAUCAGGAGGUGGCUGAGGAUCCGGAUCAGGAGGUGGGUGAGGAUCCAGAUGAAGAGGGGGAUGAGGAUUCAGACCUGAAGCUGGAUCAAGGGCCAGAACAAGUUCUGGACCAGGAGCCAGAAGAGGAGCAGCAUAAUGAGAGCGUGGUGGACAACGAUCAAGUUUCAAGUCCGGCUGAAAUGAAAGACAGCCAAACAGAAAUUGAUGAAACCAAAAAGACGAUAAAAACCGAGGUCUGUGACGAUGGACUAGUGUCAGGUGGAGAAAUGUCCUUGGAUCACGACAUCAUGUCUGUGCCCCCGUCUGUGCCUGAAGAACUUUUUCAGAUGGUGGAGAGUCUGGCAGAUUCCACCAUGCUCUCACAGAGUGACGCAAAUCCAAACACUGAUGCAAGAUCAAAUAGAAACUCAGACUCUCAAAACCCCCAUCCCAAGGUAAAGAACCUUAUAGUCAAACUGACUCCAGUACCAGUCGUGACAACCCGUAGUCCAAGGUCCUCCAGGUCCUCAAACAGAGAAAAAGGUGAAGAAGUGCAGAAAAAGUGUAAAGAAGGAAGAGAGGAGAAGGAGGAGGCUGCUGAUACAGUUGAUGGGUCUGAAAGCCCACGUGCUAGCCGUCGCUCUAGCAGAGUUAAGACCACCCCCUUGAGGAAGCAGGCUGAGAACAAUUGCAAGGAAGAGUCCUCUGAUUCCGAGUCUGAGGAAGAUGGUAAAGAAAAGGCCAAACCAUCCAAAAACUCAAAAAAAGAGGAUAAAAAGCAGACCAAGGCUUCAGUAAAAAAGACGGUGGACUCCGACUCGGAUGAAGUUCCUCACAUAUUGCUAGAAAAAGCGGCAGAAGGCCACAGUUCGGAUGAGGAACAGGGAAGCACAAGUGCUAAAAAGCGUUUGUUUAAGCAAAACAACACAGUCUCAGAGAAUGCAGACAAAGCAUCCAAACGAAAAAGGAAGUCUGAAAGCUCAGAUUCGGGUGAGGAGAAGAAGAGUAAGAAGACUUCCAAGAAGAAGAAACAAAACUCCUCAAACUCCUCCAACUCUGACUCGGAGACAAAAGGUAAAGUAGGCACAGCAAAGAGAAGAUCAAGCCGUGUUAAGAAACAAGAUGAAGCAAAGGAGGAAGAUAAAAACUCACCUGAGGGGAAGGCAGCAGAUCGGAAAAGGUCGUACGAGAAAAAGUGCAAGAGAAGGAGCUCCAGAUCAACCCUCAAGCUGAAGUCAUCGUCCAGUGAGGAUGAUGAGGAGCAGCAGGAUGAAGGUGGCUCUGGAGAGGACAGCGAUGAGCAAAAGAUCAAGCCAAUCGUGGAGGAUAAUGUGCUGGGAGGCAACGGACCCUUCCAUCAGUCUUCAGGUGAUGAAAUGGAAGGUAAAGAAGACUCUCAGGUUGGUGAAGAGGAUUACGAUGAUGAUCCUGAAAACAGGAUUGCAAAGAAAAUGCUUCUAGCCCAAAUAAAAUCCAACUAUUCUUCGGGAGCAGAGAGUUCCUCUGAUAAUGAAGGAGAAGAUAAGGAUGAAAAGUCCUCUAAAAAAGCAAAAAAAGAGGCUGAUGAUGAUGAUGAGGAGGAGGAGGAGGACGACGACGACAACGACGGAGAAGAUCAGCAAGAUGAUGACUAUUCAGAUGAUUCAGGUUCAGACAUUGAAGUGAAGAAACAAGGUCGCCGCCAUAAACUGCUUCGUCAUAAACUCUCGCUGAGUGAAGCUGAAUCAGGAGAGGAGAAAGCUUCCAGUAAAGAGAAGAGCAAAGGUGGCAAGAAGUCAACGCGUAAAGUGGGCAGCGAUGACUCUGCAGACUCGGACUUUGAGAAGUCAGAGUCCAGUGAAGAGUCGGCAGUAAGUGAGGAGGUCAGUGAAUCGGAAAAUGACGGGAAGCGCCGAAAGACAAGAGCUGCGAAGAAGAAGGACGAGGAGAAACGGAGUUACAAGCAGAAGAAGAAGCGUCGUAGAAUCAAAGUUCAGGAUUCCUCCUCCAGCAAUGAGAAGAGUGGGGAAGAAGGUGAUGACGACGACGAUAAAGACGGUAAAAAAGGACGGAAAAAGCUUCGGAAAAUCCUGAAGGAUGACAAGCUGCGGACAGAGACAAGAGAUGCUUUGAAGGAGGAGGAGGAGAGACGGAAACGCAUAGCCGAGAGGGAGGCACUGAGGGAGAAGCUUCGAGAGGUGAUUGUGGUGAAGGAGGCUUCCCUGAUGACAUGUCCCAUCACCACCAAACUGGUGCUGGAUGAGGAUGAAGAAACCAAGGAGCCUAUGGUGCAGGUGCACAGGAACCUUGUCACGAAGCUGAAACCUCACCAGGUUGAUGGGGUGCAGUUCAUGUGGGACUGCUGCUGUGAAUCUAUGAAGAAGAUUGAAAAGUCUGCUGGCUCUGGCUGUAUCCUCGCUCACUGUAUGGGCCUGGGAAAAACUCUGCAGGUGGUGACAUUCCUUCAUACUUUGCUGCUUUGUGAGAAGCUGGAGUUCACCACAGCACUGGUGGUUUGUCCCCUGAACACUGUCCUGAAUUGGCUCAAUGAGUUUGAGAAGUGGCAAGUAGGAAUGGAAGAUGAGGAGAGUUUAGAGGUGACUGAGCUGAUCACAGUAAAGAGGCCACAGGAGCGAUCAUAUGCUCUCCAGCGAUGGCAAGAAUCGGGAGGCGUUAUGAUCAUGGGCUACGAGAUGUACCGAAACCUGACACAGGGCAGGAACAUCAAGAGCAAAAAGCUCAAAGAGAUCUUUCAGAAGACACUGGUAGAUCCAGGUCCAGACUUGGUCAUUUGUGAUGAAGGUCAUAUCCUGAAGAAUGAGGCGUCUGCAGUGUCCAAAGCAAUGAACUCUAUCAGGACGAGGAGGAGAGUUAUUCUGACUGGAACCCCUCUGCAAAACAACCUUAUUGAAUACCAUUGCAUGGUCAACUUCAUCAAGGAAAACUUGCUUGGAUCAGUUAAAGAGUUCAGGAAUCGCUUCAUUAACCCCAUCCAGAAUGGUCAGUGCGCCGACUCCACACUACAAGAUGUUCGGAUCAUGAAGAAGAGGGCUCACAUCCUCUAUGAGAUGCUGGCUGGCUGUGUCCAGAGGAAGGACUACACUGCACUCACCAAGUUCCUGCCUCCAAAACAUGAAUAUGUGCUGUCGAUAAGAAUGACUCCAAUCCAGUGUAAACUCUACAGGUACUAUGUGGAGCACUUCACAGGUGUGGGGAAUGCUAUGGAGGGAGGCCGGGGCCGUGCAGGGACCAAACUCUUCCAGGAUUUCCAGAUGCUCAGCAGAAUCUGGACCCAUCCCUGGUGCCUUCAGCUGGACUACAUCAGUAAAGAAAACAGGGGUUUCUUUGACGAGGACAGUAUGGACGAGUUCAUCGCCUCAGAAACAGAAGAAUCCUCGAUGAGCAUGACCUCUGACGACGAGAAGUCUAAAAAGAAAAAGAAGCAGAAGAAGGGAAAAAAGAAGGGAUCUGAUGACUCUGACAGCGAUGAGGUGGAGGUCAUCAAGGAGUGGAACACCAGCUCUCGGGGCAAAAACGGAGAGAGCAGGCCCAGACCAGAGCCGGUCGAAGAACCACGGACCACUAGCUCAACACCAGGGAGCCCCUGUGCUGACUGGCACAGAGAUUUUGUCACCGACGCUGACGCUGAGAUUCUGGAGCACUCUGGAAAGAUAUCGCUCCUCUUUGAGAUCAUGCGGAUGGCAGAGGAGGUGGAGGAGAAAGUGCUGGUGUUCAGUCAAUCUCUAAUCUCUCUGGACCUAAUCGAGGAUUUCCUUGAAUUGGCAUGCAGAGCGAAAGAUGAGGACAAACUAUCACCUUACAAAGGUGAAGGCAAGUGGUACAGGAACAUUGACUACUAUCGCCUGGAUGGAUCCACUAAUGCCACUACCAGGAAAAAGUGGGCUGAAGAGUUUAAUGACACCAGUAACGUAAGAGGUCGUUUGUUCCUCAUCUCUACACGAGCUGGCUCACUUGGCAUCAACCUUGUGGCAGCCAACAGGGUCAUCAUCUUUGAUGCCUCCUGGAACCCUUCUUAUGACAUCCAGAGCAUCUUCAGAGUCUACCGCUUUGGCCAGAUAAGGCCUGUGUUUGUCUAUAGGUUCCUUGCCCAGGGUACAAUGGAGGAGAAGAUUUAUGAGCGGCAGGUAACCAAGCAGUCUCUGUCAUUCCGGGUGGUGGACCAGCAGCAGAUCGAGAGGCACUUCACGAUGAACGAGCUGACCGAGCUCUACAACUUCGAGCCAGACAUGCUCGAUGAUCCCUCAGACAAGAAGAGCAAAAAAGCCACGCCCGUGCUCCCUAAGGAUCUCUUCCUGGCUGAAAUGCUGAAGAACAAUAAGGACCAGAUUGUGUGUUACCAUGAACACGACUCCCUGCUGGACCACAAGGAGGAGGAAGCCCUGAGCGAGGAGGACCGUAAGGCUGCCUGGGCCGAGUAUGAAGCCGAGAAAAAGGGUCUUUCCAUGAGGACCAACUACCAGACAUAUGCCAACAUGGACACGGGCGCCUCCGGCUACUUCAACUACAACGUGGCGGCUUUGGCCUCCCUGUCCAACCAGCAGCUGGAGGAGCUCAUAAACCAAGGACGACAGAAAGUAAUUGAAGCAACAAACGCAUUAAAGUGUUUACCACGGGAGUCGGUGGAGGACACCAUCGCGAGACUGUGGAAGGAGAACCCGGCACUGACUGAGAGUCAGGUCAAGGCGAUGGCUCUGUCACGACAGGCCACCGUGGAGCUGGAGAUCAAGCGCAGGGAGCAGGUCUACAGAGAAGUUCUCUCCAGCCAGCAGACGCUGAUGAUGUUCGUGCAGAAGCUGAUCACCAACAGGAAGGUGCAGGAGCAGCAGCUGGCCAUGGCAAACCAGGCAAGUUACCUGAACCAGCUGGCCCUGCAGAACGGCAUGAUGGGAGGCAGCGGGCUCAGCCAGGUGGACCUACUUGGACUGUACCAGCAGUACCACGGCCUGGGGUCCCGCCAAGGCAUGGGCAAAAAUCCUGGGCCCUCCAAGGGCCUGUAGGUCAGCGAGACUUUUCCUCCGCACCCCCUUUCACCUCCUCCCUCCUUAUCUAGACAGCUCCCAGUGGCCCAUUUCUAAGCGUGGCCCAGUAACAAACACAUUGUAAGACAGCUGUGAGCGCUAAGCAAACUGCUGCACCAAGCAGUGGGUGGAGUAGUUUGGAGACGAGGCUGCUGUCCACUGGGGCCUCGAGUGGGUUAGUCUCUCAGUCUUUUAUUCUGUAGUUCACUGAGAGAGGGUGGAAUAUAAUGUAAAUGACUGUGUGAAAGAUCAGUUAGGGAGUUCAACAGUAAAAACAAAUGUAUAUAACGCCUUAAUGUUAUUCAAGUUCUAUAUCUUAGUUUUUUUUUCUGUUUUUUUUUCAUGUAUUUAAAGACAAACACGUUUUACCCCUCAAUGCUUUAAAGCAUUGUAUUGUUUUCCCUUUUAGAGGGUUUCCUCAUAAGUUAAACUCAGUUUUUUAUACUGUUUUAAAUGCUUAACUAAACCUGAGUGGGACCAGUGUCGUCGGUGACAGGACUCCAUAUUGUCUCUAUGUGAUUAUUAGCAGCAGUAGAUUCCUCCACCGGUCUGAUCAAAACCUGUUGGUGCUGCAAAGUCCUGCUCUUCUUGGGAGACUGAAUAAACAUUAAUCAACAAAAACAAAAAAAAA